AUGGAUCGAGAUUCUGGAGCAGCAUCAGCUUCUGCUGCUCAGAAGGCACCUGCUGCCCCAAACCAACAAGAUGAUGGUAAAGACGACCCGGAACGCAAGAGGAAUAACAUCCGCAAGAGGACAAAAACUGGUUGUCUAACUUGUCGCAAAAGGCGCAUCAAAUGCGACGAGGGCAGGCCGACAUGCAAUAACUGCAUCAAAUCCAAACGACAAUGCGAGGGCUACAGCCAGCGGGUCAUCUUCAAGGACCCAAUGGGUGCGAUACAAGGUGGUCCUUUUGGUCCUGCUUUGUACCCCCCAGGGUCUUCACAUCUCGUCAGUCACUUACAGGCAAAGUCCUCGUCUCAAGGUCCCCUGCCCAUGAUAGCCCCCAAGCCGCCCUCCUUCAGCUAUCACGGGCAUCAACAUAUGCCCUAUGGGCACUACGCCCAUGGACAAGGCCCGAUGCCCCCUGGAGCAUAUGAUUUCAACGCUUCUGCUGUUCCGCAUUCAUACCACCAACCUAAUGGCAUGAUGCCACCCGAGCCUCGCACAGAAUACGCCAGGAUUCCACAAGAACAUCGCCCGCACCACUUCGGCCCUCCGACUAACGGACAAAGCAGCGAACACUAUGCGAGUGAACCAUAUGCCAGUGGCAGCCAAGCGAAUCCUGUUCGCGUAAAGAAAGAGCCACCCGAACCGGCGAGGAAAGUACCGGACUCCACCCUUGAUUACGACUUGCCGGAAGACGAUGCCUCGAUGGGCGAAUCAGACGAUGAAACUCAUGACCCCCGAGAAGUUCUUGGACCGGUAAUGAGGCAAUUCAAUAGCGCAUGGGACUCGAAUGGGACUCGAGUUCGGGCUUUCUCCACGUUUGCCCAAUGCAACAUACUCUCUGACUAUACCGCAACAGCCCGGAUAUCUGAACUCAAGGAUCCUAGGAUGCUGGCUAUCUUCAUGCACUUCAUUCAGGUGACAGGUCCGAGCAUGUCAUUAUAUGAGAGGCACCCAUUCGACCAUACUGGCGAGAACGCGUUCGACGCUACUCCCAAAGGAACCAAUAAUCUUUGGAGCUCUACUGCCGCCAUGAAGCACUAUCACCUGGCAAUACGUAGGAUUGCUAGAAAUGUCAACACACCCCUCAGGCGCACACAACCUGCAACGGUCGCAGCAACACUCUUGCUGGCAUACUUCGAAGUUUGGUCAUCGGACCAUACCAAAUGGUGUAAUCAUCUGUUUGGUGCCAGAAUUCUGUUUCGUGAGAUACCUUUAAGGGAGAUGUCACGGAGAUACCUGCCGGUGAAGCGACUGAAACAGGCAGAAAGGGAUGCUCGGAAUCAGAACCAAAUGGACAGUUUCUUUCCCGGCUUCUUGGUAACAUCACAGAGCGAACUCAACGACCUUGACUAUAACCUUCUUCACACGCUCUCGGGCCAUGGAACCACGCCAGAUGAUUACGGACUGGGCAAGGGCCAACCGGCUGACUCGCCCAACGUCACUGUGACUGACAGAGAUAUUGAACAAUACGAAAACGUGCGGGACUUGUACUGGUGGUACUGCAAGAUGGAUGUGUAUCAAAGCAUGCUUGGAGGCACUAAGUUAUUCAUGGAAUACGAGUUUUGGUCUCAAUGUCCACCCAGAGCGCCAAUCUCUAAACUAGAAGCUAUAUAUGGAACAUAUGACCAUCUCAUACUCUUGCUUGGGCGCCUUGCGGAAUUUUCCUCCAAAGAUGUCUCACGAAAAAGAAGGGUAAGCCGUGCUAAAGGCCCUUCACCUGGAGCUGGCAAUGGAUCGCCCCCUGCGUUCCCUGGCAUUGUCCCCACGACUGGGGAUUUCAAGGUCCCAAGAGGCUUCACACCUCCAACUGGGUCAUCGCCACAGAGCGACUCAACUGACGAGAAUGACCCUGAAGCCAGCUUUCAAGCUGCCCUCCAGGAGUGGGAGGCCAUCAAACAUGCAUUUGAGGUUUUCGAGAACAGUCUGGGCCCCGAGUUCCAGCCUCUUAGGCCGGAAUACUCGGAUAAACGAGACUCACCGUUUGGAAUGACGAUGCAAUACCGGACAUUUUCGGUGGCCGGGAUCUGGAUGAACUACUAUAUGGGCAUGAUCCACCUCUUCCGGACUCACCCUUCGAUGCCACCGGCCGCGAUGCAGGCGGCUGGAAUGUCGGCGCGACAGACGGCCCAAUAUUCGAACAAGCUGGGUCGGGUGGCAGCUGGUCUAUCAGACGACUGUUCGCAGAUGACAGAGAUAUCCUGUCUGGUCAGCGCAGCAUUCAUUGAGAGCUGCUUUUGCUUGUUUGUAGCAGCUAUCGAGUACCAGGAUGAUGGGCAGCGACGCUGGGUCGUUCGUCGACUGCGUGAUAUCGCCAGACUGACGGGCUGGCAAUCUGCGAGACGGAUUGCUGAUGGAUGCGAAUCUUCUUGGAUCAAGGCUGCGCAGCUCGGCCGCGGCGCACCCUAUGCUCGCACGACCGAAGCUGGUGUUGUGCCCAUUUCGGUGUGGCAGAAUCCACGACGGAUUGACCGAGUCAUUCAAGAACUUGAGCCAAACGAAGACCAGCGGAUCGUCGUGGCCAAGUCAGAACGAGCAUCGUACGCUCUCGGGUUGUUGAGCGUCGAACGAGAUCUGGAACUCCUAGAACUCAAAGAUGAUGGAUAGGGGGAAGAUGUGGUCUUGGAUAGAGAGUAAAGGGGUGGGUAGGAUCUGGAGUGCUACUUGUUUAUAUCUUAUAACGCGACAUGAAUUUAUGGAUCGCAUCUUUGUUGCA